UACGACCAAAACAAAAACCAGCUGUUUUGUGAAAUUUUGUGUUCAUAGUGUCGAAUUGUGACGAAAAUUAACACGCAAAUCUGUUUGACUAAAUCGGUAAAUCAAAGUUCAUAAUAGUAAAAACGAAACAAAGAUUAUGUUGCAUUGUCCAAGCACACAGAAGCAGCAACAAGAGCAACGACGCACACUGCACACAGCCGAAACGAGGAAUACAACGGUUCGACACAACGCGUAAAAGAUAAAAACACUGACGCGAUAAGAGCGCCCCAAUCAAACGUGCCAAACAGCAGAGCAGCACAUACACACCUAUCUUCACACGUACACACUUAGACGCAUACACAGACAGCUGGGGAAUAAUUAGAGCAAACAGAACAGCACAAAACAGAACGCUAAAUAUGUUGUCUUACAUCAAGCGCAAACUCUCUGAAUCGGACAGCGUCGCCAACAGCAGCAGCAACAGCAACAGCAACGGCAGCACAACAGCCGCAGAGCUUGCGCGGAAAACAAGUCAAAUGUCAUUGGAUAAUGGAGCGAUCGCUUAUGGCGAAGACGCGCUGCUCCAUGAGCUUGGCUACCGCAAUGCUACCGAUCUGCAAGAGACUAUCUACGAUCUACUGCGCACCAUUCGAGAUCCAGAGAAGCCCUGCACCUUGGAGGAUUUGAAUGUCAUCUACGAAGAUGGAAUCUUUGUCAUGCAACCGACCCGCUCAAAUGUCUCUGUGGUGCGCAUCGAAUUUAAUCCCACGGUGCCGCAUUGCUCGCUCGCCACGCUGAUUGGUCUCUGCAUACGCGUCAAGGUGGAACGUGGCUUGCCCCAUAACAUUAAGCUGGACAUUUACAUCAAGAAGGGCGCCCAUCAAACGGAGGAAGAGAUCAACAAGCAAAUCAAUGAUAAGGAACGCAUUGCAGCUGCUAUGGAAAAUCCAAAUUUGCGAGAAUUGGUCGAGAAUUGCAUCAAGGAUGAAGAGUGAGGGAAAAGAGUGGUACUGCAUGGAGUAUAAGGAAUAGGAAUAGUCUGGAGACUGGGAGCUGUGCCCCUUGCAUGUAAAUAAUGAUUUAAGUCGCUUUAAUAUUAAGUCUACCAAGUGUUUGUGGCCUAUACUGUAAGCUAUAAGAUGUAUCGUUAACUUCUGGACUUAACAAGUAAUAUAUAUAUAUAAAAGGAACGCCAC